UGUCAGAGGCUGGAGCCUGUGCCACACUCUGACUGGCAGGGGAGCCGAAAUGGCCACAGCUGCCUCCAAUCCCUACAGCAUUCUGAGCAACCCAGCCCUGGUCCAUGCCGAGCCUGGCAGCAUGCAGCAGGGAAGCCCCUUCAGGAACCCCCAGAAGCUGCUGCAGACCGACUACCUGCAAGGGAUGCCCAGCAAUGGCCACCCUCUGGGGCACCACUGGAUGACCAGCCUGGCCGAUGUCAACCCUUGGUCCACCAGCCCCCUGGAGCAGCAGGACAUUAAGCCUGGCAGAGAGGACCUCCAGCUAGGAGCCAUCAUCCACCACAGGUCACCCCAUGCCAACCACCCGAACGCCUGGGGUGCCAGUCCGGUCCACAACAAUUUGACCUCCAGCGGCCAGGCCAUCUACUCCCAGUCUGGCUUCAGCGUCAGUGGCAUGCUGGAUCAUGGUGCCCUUACCCCACCUCCACCCCAGACUGUCAACACGCAGAACCUACACCCGGUGCUCAGAGAUGCCACCGAGCACGGAGACCUGGGCAGCCACCACUGCCAGGACCAUUCCGACGAGGAGACCCCCACCUCAGACGAGCUGGAGCAGUUUGCCAAGCAGUUCAAACAAAGGAGGAUCAAGUUGGGCUUUACCCAGGCUGACGUGGGCUUGGCACUGGGCACCCUCUACGGGAAUGUCUUCUCCCAGACCACCAUCUGCAGGUUUGAAGCCCUCCAGCUCAGCUUCAAGAACAUGUGUAAGUUGAAGCCCCUUUUGAACAAGUGGCUGGAGGAGGCAGACUCCUCUACUGGAAGCCCCACCAGCAUAGACAAGAUCGCAGCUCAGGGCAGGAAGAGAAAGAAGAGGACCUCCAUAGAGGUGAGUGUCAAGGGGGUGCUGGAGACCCACUUUCUGAAAUGCCCCAAGCCCGCAGCCCUGGAGAUCUCCUCCCUGGCAGAUAGCCUGCAGCUGGAGAAGGAGGUGGUCCGGGUCUGGUUCUGUAACAGGAGACAGAAAGAGAAAAGGAUGACCCCACCAGGAGACCUCCAACAACACGAAGUCUUCUCCCACAGCGUCAAAUCAGACUCAUCGUGCCAUGAUCUUUGACCAGAGGACCCCUGGCAGUGGACUGUGGAUUUUCCC